AUGAAUUACAACAAUUGGAUAGGCGGUAUGCCGGAUCCGAGCUUUCUCGACACAGAUUCCAUCCACCUCGAUGAUCUGUUCAUCCAAAGCCAAGCUCUCAAGAUCGAAGCUGGAACUAGCAAAUCAAAGGAUGACGACAGUGGCAUUUCCACGGGUUUAAACUCCGAUGCCGGAGCCAGCUCGCCCGAGUCCGCCACUUUCCCCGACACAACUCCUCUCCUUUCGAUCAAGCAAGAAGCCACUGAAAGUUUACAAAUGGGGAUGCCUCUGCCCGCCCUUUCCUCGCCCGAAACAUCUGGCCAGCUUUCCGACAGCUACUACAGCAACCAUUCCAGCUCGCCGGAAGCCGAACGCACUGGAUCCAAGAAAACAGCGUACAACGAAAAGUGGGGCGUCAAAGUACUCAAAGCCUGGGCAAUUGAAAAUGGAGAGCAGUCAGACUUCGAAAACCUGCCGCCAGAUGAGCUCAACAACAUCCUCGCCAAGUUCUGGUCAGAGGUCAGAAAGUCAAACGGCGAUUACUACGGAAGAAACUCGCUUUUCAACCUUCGAGCCAUGAUCAACAAGCAUCUCAAAGGAAAGCCAUACUGUGUCCCCUUCGACAUCGUGACUGACGAGCGAUUCCGAACUUCAAACGAGCGACUGGAGAAGCAACUCAAGCUCUUGAAGGGCAUCGGCCGAACAAUCACGCACAAGCAACCGAUCAGCAUUGGCGAUCUUCGAAGAAUGUACGACUCAGGCGUCCUCGGCACGUCUAAUCCUCUUUCCCUCCUCAGAAAGGUCUGGUUCGAAAUCACACUUCAUUUCUGCCACAAAGGAUCAGAAAGCCAAGAAAAACUUCUCAAAUCUUCAUUCGAGAUUUACAGAGAUGCAUCUGGAAGAGCAUACGUUUCUCGAGGGCGACCGCAUCAGAAUCGGGGCGAAAUUGACGACGUUCGAAUGUACGAGACUGGAGGCGAUCUCUGUCCAGUAAAGUCUUACCAACUUUACCUGAUGAAAUUGCACCCACUCCAGCCGCGUCUCUUCCAACAGCCCCGACGCAAGGCGACCCCGACUCGCCCAUGUGCCGCCGCCAAGUUGUCGAAGCGAUACACCAACCACUGCGUUCGCACCACCGCGCUGGAGCAGUUUUCGACGAGCAGACGAGUUCGACCCGCCCAGAGCAGCUCGGUCGGCAGCUCACCGAAUAGUAGUCCUAAGAUUAGCUCCCCAGAACAGUCGCCUAACUCGCGAACGAGUCCUACUGUCAGUCAAAGCCCACAGAUGUCGCCAAGACAAUCUCUUCAGCUGAAGGCGGCGCAACAAGCCGCCCAGUACCAGCAGUCUCUCCAAGCCUACGCUCAGAACCAGAUCAUGGAGCACAGUUUGAAUCAAAUGAAGCAGAACAUCUCGCAGUUGAACUCGUUCCUGGCGCCGCAGUCCGCUUCCUCGCACUCGAUCAACCCGCUGAGCUCGAUUGGCUCCGAUCCUCUCUACGACGCGCCACCAGCCACGCCGGUCUACCACGCUGACGACGAGGCCGCUCCCUCUCCCACCGGCGCCAGCUCGCCCAACAGCCGCGCUUCUUCCGAGCACCGCGACUCGAUCUGCAAAAUCUCCUCCGAAGACCUUUUGAACUUCCAGGCUUCGGCCGAGGCGCAGGCCUUGAUGCUCCAGUCGCUCAACAGCCUCCAGCCCCAGGACAUCCAGGAGCGCAUCCAAGCAAUGGGCUCCCUCUUCGGCCUCGACUCCGACCCAUUCGCCAUCAAUUUGAAGCACAUCUCGUCGCUCAGCGGACUCGGCUCCGGCUCCCCCGUCUCUUGCUGA